GAGUAUCCCACGUACAAACUCCUCAGUGGCCACCCCCCUCGAGUAUUCUACGUACUGCGCCUAAUCCACUGGAACCUUUCGUACGUCCCUCACGUCACAUGCCAUUUCUUCUCGUUCCAAUCUGAUCCUCGCGAUAGCGGUCAGCAAAGCCCGUCGCCUUCCUCGAAACCGCCAGCUGUAGCCUCGCCGACAACCACCGCCCCCAUCCGCCCCUCGUUCCGCCCCGCCUGCUCCGCCUCCCCGUUUCUCCGCCUCUCCGCUCUUCGCCGCUCCGCCAUGGUGGUGCGCGAGACGCCGCCACUGGAGCAGGUGCGGCGGCUGGGCGCGGAGCUGCUGGCGUCGCGGCAGCACGUCAACAACGCCGUGGCGCUGCUGCGACUCGCGGCGCACCGCGAGGCGGCGGUGGCGUCGGAGGCGGUGAGCGUGCUGCAGACGUUCUUCGCGCACCUGCUGCGCUCCGACGAGCUCGUUCUGCACCCCACCCCCGGCCAGCACGCAGCCAAGCGUGGCAGCGGGGCGAGCGGGGAGGAGGGGGAGGAGCGGGCGGCGGAGGAGGUGUACGCGCGGUGGGUGCGGGCGCGGUACGGCGAGUACACGGGCGCGCUCAAGAGCAGACUGAGGGACGCGGAGAGCAGCGAGGCCAGCAAGCGCAUAGCGGUGGAGCAUUUGAUGGAGCUGGCACGGCUGGAGAAGAAGGGAACCAUCGCUGGCGCCACCAUCAACAAAAUACUCAUCCCCCUUGUGGAGGGCGAGGCGUUGGAUGCUUCAGUGCUCACCAAGCUCGCCUCCUUCUUCACCUAUGCUGACGUCAGGCGGCAUGUGUACAGUGCGGUGGAGCAGCUGUGCGCCUCCAUGCCUGCUGCUCCCGGCAACGCCGCCGCCGCUGCUGCUGCUGCUGCUGCUGCUGGUGAUGAUGAUGGUGAUGGUGAUGCAGGCGCUGCCAAGCGAGAUGCCAUGUGUCUCAACAUUUUGGAUGUGCUGCUAGCCAUGCCCAUGCCGCCCUCCCCCAAGCCGGGCGGCAAGCGGCUGCUGGCGAUGGUGGGGCAGGGCGAGCAGGGCGAGGAGGACCCGCUGCUGGCCAACUGGGCGCUGCCUCGGGCCCCCACCACAGCAGGACGCGCAGCAGGGGCGGAGCAGCGCAGUGAAGGCGGCAAGCAGAGCAUCGGAGGCAAGCGAGCGAGACAGGCACAGCAGCAGGGCAGCAGGAAGCGGGCGGCAGGUAGCAGAAGGGAGGAGGAAAGGGAGGACGCAAGGGAACAGGGGGGGGCGGAGGGGGAGGAGAGGCGGGCGGCGGUGGUAGGGAAGGAGCGCAGGGCGCUGGGCGGGGCGUGGCUGGGGCUGCUGGCGCUGCCGCUGCCGCGUGACGCCUUCAGGAAGGUGGUGGGUGGCUUGCACACGCUCAUCCCGCAUCUGCCCAACCCGCUGCUGCUCAGUGACUUCCUGACGGCGUGCUACAGCCAGGGCGGCGCGUGUGCGGUGGCAGCGCUGGCGGCGCUGUUUGAGCUCAUGACGGAGCACCGCCUGGAGUACCCGCACUUCUACCCGCGCCUCUACUGCAUGCUCGAUGCGGGCAUGUUCCGCGCCACUCACCGCGCCAAGUUCUUUGAGCUGUUGGACCGCUGUCUGGCGUCGCCUCUCCUCCCUGCCUACAUGGCGGCGGCGUUCACAAAGCGCCUCUUCCGCCUGUCCCUGAGCGCGCCGCCCUCCGGCGCGAUCGUGGUGGUGGCGCUGGCCCACAACCUGCUGCGCCGCCACCCCGUCAUCAACACCCUCGUGCACCGCACCGCGCCCCCAGAGGCAUUCCAUGAUAGCAGCAGUGAGGAUGAGGGCGAAGAGGAAGAGAUGCACGGCGGGGAGAGAGGGAAGGCAGGGGAGGAGGGAGAGACGGGACAAGGGGAGAAGGCAGGGGAUGGCAAAGGCGAGGAGAGCAACGAUGGAAGAAAAGAGGGCUCUGCUGGGGAGGAGGGAGACGGGAGAAGAGAUAGGCAGGGCGAAGGGGGAGGGGAGAGGGGAGAUGCGGCGCAAGGGGCCGGGGUGGAGGGGAGCAGAGGAGGGUGGCGGGGAGGGAGGGAUCCGUUUGAUGAGGACGCGGCUGACCUCAUGGCAGCUCGCGCUCUUGACAGCAGCGUGUGGGAGAUCGAGGCCCUCCAGCGCCACUACUGCCCUGCUGUCUCGCGGUUUGUGGCGUCGCUGGAGAAGGACCUGUCGGAGCGCAGCAGCACGGUGGAGGUGAACGUGGGGGACUUCUCCCACACCUCCUACGGCACCAUCAUGGCUGAUGAAUUGGGUCGGCGGGUGAAGGCGGUGCCACUGGCCUUCUUUGAGCACACGCCCACCACUCUCUUCCCCGUUUCAUCGCCUUCAUCCAGUGGGCCUACCGCUCUAUUGCAAUCCAGUAGCUUCCCAGGGUGGAAGCUCUUUUAAGUGACAUUUUCCAUAUGCUACAAUUUGUUUCUGAAGAUAUUACCAUUUUUUUACGUAUGGCGUGUGCAAUGGUCAUGCUAUUGGCAUGUGUUGUUUGCAGCACACGUCAAAUAUUCAGCCUCAUCCCAAAUCUGAACCAGUGCAUACGUAGUUGGGUAGGAGAUCCAGGUUUAACGAACUCAGAUGUUGGAUUAUGUAGAGGUUGAGAGUUACA